AGUCAGUCAGUCACUCACAUCCAGUAUGAGCAUCACAAACUACUGGGUUGUGGAUUAUGAGCUGUCCUCUCCUGCGCCGCCUGAGUUCCCCAGGAGCCCCACUGUGGUGCAGCCUGAGGUGGGACACGCUGAGCAUGGGACAGCCCUGUGCUUCAUGGGCCUCCUGCUCCUCCUGCUCCUCUUUCUCCUUGUUCGCUGCAUCCGCAUCUUAUUGGACCCUUACAGCAGCAUGCCCGCAUCAUCGUGGACAGACCAUAAGGAGAGACUGGACGGGGGACAGUUCGAUUAUGUGGUGGUGUAAACGCUGGCUGAAGACAGAGGUGAAUGUAGGGUUGAUUUGAUUUGAUUCUUACUUUCUUGAUUUCAGGUUAGAGAACAGUGAACAAAUGCAGGGGCAAAUUCAGGGGUGGCACCAGAGAGGCACUGGCCUCAUC